AUGGAAACCGCAGACGUUGCCGCCCACGACUCUGGGUCGGGCUCGUCUGGCGAUUCGGACCAGGAGGGCCCUCUCGGGCACGGCCAUCGCCACGACUCCAUCGACGAAGCGGAGCCCCAGUACCAGUUUGCGCCCGCCAUGUCCACCACACCCCUCGAAGAAGUCCCUCCUGUUAAUGGCAGUGCCGGCUAUGGGUGGUCCGCACCACCAGCUCCCUUCCGUCGGGGCACGGCGACCACGACGAAUGGAGGAUUUGAAAACCCUCCCCCGAUACAGACGAACGGCAUGACCGCAGCCCGUACGACGCGGCCCAGUGCGGUUCGGACGCCCUCCAAUGCUUACGCGCCCGCGCGUCGGCCAGGCCAGUUCCCCGUUAGUACCAAUGGUCGCCACAGGAACUCGUCGACGAAUCGGUCGCGGCGGAACAAUCCCAACGCAGAAUACCGCGCGCAAGAGAAAGCAUAUGUGCAGCGGAUACGGCAGGAAAACGAGCAAGACGACUUCUUCGCCGACCUGCGCACUCCCAGCAUCGGCUAUAGCACAGAAGACUCGGAAACAGACGAGGAGUCUCCCUCGACGGCAGAAUAUGUCGACAACGACCCCUACGACCAGGAGACACUGCUAUACUACGGCAAUAAUGAUAUGCUGCCAUCGGUGGAGGAGCUCAAAAUUCCAGCAAAUCGCGAGAGGCUGGAGUGGCAUUCGAUGCUGGCCAGCGUCUUGACGGGAGAUGUUGUAAAGCAGGAAAAGAAGAGGCUGAUUGGAAGCACGGAGCAGCAAGGCGACAACAGCUUGAAAGCAGAAAUAUGGAUUGGUGUUAGGGCCAAGGUCUGUGGACGGACCCUACAAGCACAACGGCGAGUGGUUGAGGAUGGCAGAGCUACAAUCAAGGCCAGCAUCGAAGCUAUAAUAUCAUUUGAGAUCAAAGGGGAGGCCGAAGCUGGUCAAUCAGCUACUCAACAGGUGGAAGAAGUGGUCAAGAAGAUUGAGAAGUGCGAAAACCUCUAUCCGACGAGACUAGCUCUGGAAACGGUCCAUCCUAGGGCUGCAUCUUCAAGCUACAAGGAGAGUUGUGACGCAGUCAUUGCAUGGCACAACACUACUCAGCUCAUCAAUACCGAGCUGGGCAUAUUGAAGAGCUGGGUAGGUAACGACGAACUCGAUUUCUCAAAACCCCGAAAUUCAAGCCCCGAUAGCCAUCUUACCGACGAUGCCUCCUUCAUUGAUAGGAUUCUGAAGGAAGAUGGUCUCAAGUCGCUUCAGGGAAAGAACAACCUCCUAGUUGGGUUGAACAAAGUAAUCAAUAAGGCAAAGGCUACGCUGAUUGCGAAUGCCUCUGCAUUUGCGGAUCGACAUCUCCCACCAUACAUCGAAGAGCUACUCACACUCAUCAACUUCCCCUCUCGUCUCGUCCAGGAAAUCAUCCGAAUGCGGCUUUCAUAUGCCAAGAAGAUCAAGGACCCAGCUCAACAAGGCAUCAUGAUGGCAGAGCAGAUGAUCUCACAGUUUCAGAUUCUUCUUACGCUUGCUACCAAUAUCAAGGAAGCUUACACGAUUGUUUCUCAACCCGAACGGGGCUGGGAACCACCGCCUUGUAUCGAAGAAAACUUUGACAACGUUGUCUUAGACGCAUUGAAAUUCUACUUCAAGAUGUUAAACUGGAAGUUAUCCGCAAACAAGAACACGUUCAAAGAAGCCGAAAUCCUUGAGCAGGAGUGGGAGUUCUCCAACAAGCUUGGGAGACGGUUAGAAGGCGGAGACGUCGAGGUUGCGGAACAAUUCAGUUCCCUUACCUCCAAAUCACUAGCACGCCUGACCAGUCACUUCGAGAAAGAACUUCAACGGCGCCCAGAAGAGGUUGCUGGAGCCGAGAUGGACAAGCGGUACAAGCAGAUUCUGGACUCCGUCCGAGUACGUCAAAGGAAACUUUUCCGUUUCUCGAGAAUCCUCACUCAACGGUUCGAGAAUUGCACGGAGUAUAACCUCAACAUUGACCCCAUGCAACUAAAUGAUCUAUACGAUGCCCUCGUCAUGUCUGGACAUUUCCUUGUCGAAACGCAUGGCGGUGACAAUUAUGGAAUAUACAUCCUGGCUUCUCCGGCUUUGGAGGGUCGACCGGCAGACAUACAGUCAUUGCUCACUACUUGCUAUCACGCUGAAGACAACCCGGAGGAUCCUUCCAACCCAUACGUUCUCAUUCUCAAACCAGAAGAUCCAAUGUUUUGGUCAGGAAGGAAUCUAGCGGCCGACAUUCGCGAACCUCAUCUCGAUCUUAAGACCAGUCGUCUGCGGCUUAUUGCCGAUGGCUCCCAGCAACGUUUGGCGAAUGCGAAUGCAACUUUCAUGCAAGCGAUUGGCGUAGAUCUCACCAAGCUUAUCGAACAGAGGGCGAACCUUCCUCGAGUCAACCAGGAACUACAAAAGAUCAAGAAAACGGCGUACAAGCUAUCCAACACCAUUAUGGACAGUGUUGAGAUUAUCCGAAAGCAGACUGUAGGCUUAGAAUGUCAGGAACUUAUCCAGACAUGCUUCGCCUUCGCCACGGAAUUUGGUCAGCGUUCGGUCUAUUACAUGGACCACAAUCGACGGGCACUGAAUAAUCUCAAGCUUACGAGACUAGCGCUGGACUGGGUGAGCUUUAUUUGCGAUGACUGUGUUGCGUCCGAUCGCAAGACUUUCCGUUGGGCUGUGGUAGCCUUAGAGUUUGCAAUGAUGAUGACUCGUGGACAGAACAUACUGUCCAUCAGCGAAGGAGAGUAUGCAAAGUUGCGAGCGAAAGUAGCUGGGUGCAUGUCUUUGCUCAUCUCGCAUUUCGAUAUCAUGGGAGCACGAUCCACAAUUGCGGCACAGGCAGAGAAACAACGGAUGGACGCGAUGAUCGGAAAGCUCAGACUUGACGUUAGUCGCCUGAAGGACGACGAAGAGUCUGUUCGCUUGGUUCAAGAGCAGUGGCUUGAGCAACUCAAUGAAAUCGAUGAGUUCAGAAAGCAGAAGGAAGCAGAGAGACAAGCACUCGGACGAGUUCUAGAAGACUCCAACGAAGCAGACCGAGCACUUACUUACCUCUCUUCAUCUACUACGAACGUUACGCUUCGAUGGCAGCAGGGCCAAUUCGUCGGCGGAGGUACAUUCGGCUCCGUCUAUGCCGCGAUGAACCUAGACUCCGGCCACUUAAUGGCAGUCAAGGAGAUUCGUCUUCAAGACCCACAACUCAUUCCUACUAUUGUCGCCCAAAUUCGAGACGAAAUGGGUGUAUUGCAAGUCCUGGAUCACCCCAACAUUGUAUCGUACUACGGUAUCGAGCCUCACAGAGACAAAGUCUACAUCUUUAUGGAGUACUGCUCAGGUGGUUCUCUCGCCGGACUACUAGAACAUGGGAGGAUAGAGGAUGAAACCGUCAUUAUGGUCUACGCUCUGCAGAUGUUGGAGGGUCUCGCGUAUCUUCACGAGAGCGGUGUCGUCCAUCGCGACAUCAAACCCGAGAACAUUCUCCUAGAUCAUAACGGAGUAAUCAAAUUUGUGGAUUUCGGGGCAGCUAAGGUUAUUGCUAGGCAAGGCAAGACGCUUGCAGCUGAGCACGCCAACACCCGCCAAGGGCGGCAGAAAUCCAUGACUGGCACUCCAAUGUACAUGUCACCGGAGGUCAUUCGCGGACAGAACCUCGGCCGUCAUGGCGCAGUCGACAUCUGGUCCCUAGGAUGCGUUAUCCUCGAAAUGGCUACUGGUCGACGCCCCUGGGCCAGCCUGGACAACGAGUGGGCCAUCAUGUACAACAUUGCCCAAGGCAACCCUCCACAGCUGCCGACCAAAGAGCAGCUCAGCGAGCAAGGCAUCGAUUUCCUAAACCGAUGCUUCGAACGAGACCCAUCUACUCGAGCAUCGGCGGUCGAGUUGCUCCAGCACGACUGGAUCAUGUCUCUACGCGCACAGCUCUCUCUAGAGCCCCAGACGCCGCAGACACCCAGCGACACCUCAAGCAGCGCAGGUAGUUUCCAUCCCUCCCGGCAGAACUCUGAAGUCUACAGCGCAUAG